AAUAGAACAUCGUGAAAUAAGUUCUUAUCUUACAGUCGCCUUAACAUUAUGUAGGUGCUUCGAUUGUGUCGUUGUCCGGUGUCGCUGUCCCCUGGAAAACCGGGGUACACCCAUGGGGUUUCGUAUUGAAAAUCAAACUUUUCCCUCUUUCAACAAUCAAAAACCUCAGGCGUUUUGGCUGCAAAAAGCUUGGAAAUGGUAGCGUUCUGGGCUCGCCUGCUCAGUGUGUUCCACGACUAGAAACGGGAUCGCUUUUAUAUCUUUUUGGUUUAAAAAAAAAGUGCUUACUCUUUGAUAUCCGCUUCGGUUUCUAGUUAAAAAGCUUUUCUUUACGUUUCAAUCGUCGGAUGCUGGUGGUGCUUUCCUUGGUAGUUGGCUUCGCUGGAAGCGUCGCAGGAUAAGAGGACGCCCGUGCUGGUUACUGUGAAGAGUCUAGUCUUGUCCAAUUUUGGACAGGACUAAGAGGCGAGCGCUUCAGAUUUGACGCUGUCCUUGUCCAAGAGUCUAGUCCUGUCCAAUUUUGGACAGGACGAAGAGGCAAGCGCUUUAUUUUACUUUUUGAAUUAAAAGGAACUCUUUUGAAUUGAAAGAAACUCGCGGAGAGUGUCUGAUCCAAAGAACAUGGCCCCACUCCAGGAGCAAAACCUUGAAGAGCCUCCGCCUCAACGUGUUAACUGAUCUCCUGCUUCACAGAACAAAAUCCUGAGAAAGUAAAUGCAGCGACGUGAGCAGCUGACUAACAUAGCCAAGACACUAGCAUCAGGACACAUCACCAUACGGAGUUGAGUGCGCACGGCACUGCCAGGGAAUAAACUGACUUUCUGACAGUGUGCAGCAGUCAGUGUCUACUUCAGAUCGUUCCUUCGCAGUUACAGAGCGCAGCAUAGGCGUUCAGUAGGCUUUUGAUCAACAACCUAGCACACAAAGAAGCAAGACAGGCACUACUUCACGCGCAUGAUGAUGAUGCACCACGAAGAGGCUCACGCGCCUCGGUCUGUGCCUGUGAAGUAGCAGGCUAAUAUCGUCAAGGCGUGUGGUAGCAAGUUAGAGCUAGCGGCUACAUGUCCACGCGCAUCCAGAUCCAGCAGAGCCUAUGGCCAUUGAGAAGAUUGCACGCCUGUCCUCUUUUUCUGAAAUAAUCCAAAGCCAAACGAUCCAAGGGCAAGCCUGUGACUGUGGAGUAGCAAGCUUCACCUUGUUGAUAAUUAAGGCCAAGACUGGGAGUGGCAAGCUGUUGCUGUAGCUAAAAACAAGACCAGAGGCUUUGUGGCUAAAAGUAAGGCAAUCGGUGAGGUAUAAUAUCACUACGAGCGCGCUCGUAUUUCGCUUAUAUUUCUCUUCGGUGGAGUUGGAGUAAGGAAGAAAAAGAAUGAUGGUUGCUGAGCCUGAGGCCGAGGCAAUUGGUGCCCACUAUGGGACCAUCAAGGACAAGAUCUAUGCGCAGGCUUUGACGAAAAUGGAGCUGCAAACCCUGAAAGCGAUCCGCAAUGGUAUGGCACUAGUCCGCUACUUUGUGCUUUUGUGGGAGAGGACUAGAUGGGGACAGUCAAAGUUCAACAGUCUGGCAACCCUAUUUCGUAGAUUGGUCUAUAGAUAGUUGACAACGCGGAAACUUCGUUUUCGGAACCCAUUCUCUUCAUGUUCACGCUCAGGCAUUCUGCAUCUCAGUCGCAUGCUGCUACUUCGCGUCGGGUUUCGCUGAUGCAGGACAGUCUUCAGAAUAUCUUCGAGCAAGGAGAAGGCAGCCGGUGGAUAUCCUUGUUUGUCUGCCGUCCUCUUCCGCUUCAUGUACCGCAAGGGCGACUGGCUGUCUUUGACCGAGGCGGAGCUGUCGGAGGUGCUGAGUUGCCAAAGGAAGCCGGGACGUGCUCGAUCGCGUAUGUGUGACGAGGAAAAAGCGAGAGCUAAGUGGCAAGGAGGUCAGGUUCGCCAUUUCUGCCUAUUAAUUCGCUAUAAUUUAGAGCGCGGCUGCUUUACAAUACGGGACUUCGACUACUCUGCCCACUUUUUCAGUGCUUGCUUGCUUAUUCGAUCCACUUUGCAAAUUCUAUGUCAGUCUAGUCGUUAGGUUGGACUGGGGGCAGUCGCCUCCUUCGUCGCCAGGACUUGCGGGGCUUUUUUCUGACUAACACUAAAUCUUAAUGUAUAUGACUAAGAGCAAGAUCUUCAUAAUUUGGACGCCUUUGAUCUGAUCGCUUCGCUUCUUGCUGUGAGAGUUGACCCAUGCAGAAAACAGUGGCGCCAUGCAGCAUAAACAAGACUACAGCCCGCGAUAGAGGCAGGCCCUUUUUUCGUUUCUGUCAGCGGACGCAUUAGCGACAGUCAAUUUUAUCCGCACGCUGGACGUUCUUAGAUAUCCAGACUUCUGCCAAAGGGCCUGGCGCUGCGUGUCUUUUUAUCAGAUCCCGGAGCGACAGGCUACUAGAGCGGGGCUCCGUCAAGUUUUCGGAUGGAUCUGCUUCGUGCUCAUUCGUCUUCGAGUAAUUUCGUAGCGUCUCUGCUCACACGACGGCGAUCGAAAAGUUUGCAUCUGUAACUUUGCUGGUAAUUGUAGUCGUUUGCUGUAACCAAUGCUGCGCAUUGUCGUGCUCUUCUCUAGAGUUAUAUCGAAGAAGGUAGCAACUGCAACAACAGGGGCAACGUGACCCAUUUCAGGCAAGUGACCAACAUCGUGCAAGUAUCGUCGCCAAGGAUGUAGGCUGCGCCUCGUCUUUCUGUGGCUUUGCGUGCUGUGUCACGCGUUGGCCAGCUUUGUUGUUGCUUCUGCGGUUUCGUUUUCGCGGGAGUCUCCAGAAUACAAACUGAGCGGAGAGGCUAGCUCCCUCGACCAGUACUAUUCCGUCGCCGUUCGGAAGAAGUCUCUGGCGAAGUAGAUUCCUGCUGCUAUGGAGCGUCGCGAAUUUCAAAGGAGUUCGAUUUCCCCCGUAGCUUUUGCCUUGGCAGCCUCUCAGCGUUUUCCUUGGCAACUUGUCGCCGUCAGGUGCAUACGCCUUGACCUUACUAGCCGCCCCAGAUUCUGCGGCGAGACCUUCGCUUUCUUCACGCAGCAAGACGCUGACGCGCUUCAUGAAGCAGCCAGCCUCCCAAAAUGGGAAAAGGUUCCAAAAUGAGCAAGAAGAGGAAGGGAAAGCCUAUCACGAAAGGCAAACCGCCGCCGAGAGACAAGAUGAAACGGGCCAGACGUCGCCGAAGAAGGGCUGAGAAUAAGGAAAGACUCCUUCCGCUGGAGGAUCAGGAAGAUGAUCUACUACACGACGCGACUUCGUCUGCUUCUAGUUCAAGCGAUGGGGGCGGGCAUCCUCUUCCCUCAAAGAAUACCAGCAAGAAAAAGAAGAAAACUAAAAAGAAGAAGAAGAAAAACAGGAAGAAACUCAGUAGCCCGCCAUCUAGUGGCGACGAAUCGGACGACACUGACGAGAGCGCGCAAGGGCUUCGCCUUCUCGCGCAGAAUCCUCGACUUAUUGCUCGGGCAAGAUCUCUAUUGCUAGAAAGCGCGCUGCUCGAUGAGGAACCGUCUUCCUCGUCCAGUUCCACCGGGAGCAAGGGGAACGCUGCGCGGCCUUUCGACCAGGGUGCGAAGGCCGUGGAGAUGCUUAUGGAAGAGAGCAAGUCUCCAGUGAUGGAGUUAGAUACUUACUAGCCACCACUAGCACUAGAAGUGACCGGGUGCGUCAGUGCAUAGCUUUUCGCCGCGGUGUUAAACGAUGGGGAGACAGCUACCGCUAGCUUUUUUGAUGUAGAUAGGAAAUGGCUGAGGUGCAUGAGUACGGCUGUGCUGACUGUGUGUAAGCUCCUCAGCGUCGGCUUAUGGCUAGAAGGGACUUACUUGCUAGCGCAGACGUUCCGUCUAUUAACAGAGUUUAUUUGUUAACUGGCGCGCUAGCUAUUGCGUCAUAGUCACUGUCACACUCCCCGACUUUACUUUCAUACUUUUAGCGGCUAGAGGAGGUGGCGGCGGUGGUGGAGAUUCGUUCUCUGAUGAUGAAAGCACUGGGCCAGGAGGUGAACACCUUGAGGAAAGUCCGAACGUCCAGGACCCUCGUAGUGGAGACCAAGCGCAAGCCCCUAUGGAGAACGUGGCGGCGGUGUUGAAGUGGAGAGGUUCAAUUGUUGUGCAGAUUGAGAAAAAUCGCAAGGAGACGCGCACUUGUGCCAUUCAAUACUUGAAGACGGUUGGCAACGGUUGGAGAAUGGUGACCCCGGUCGGCUUGGGAGACACAGCCAUGGAAAUAACUGACAAGCCUGCCAGCGGCGGCAAUAAUUAAGGCUAGACGCGUCUCGUUUUCAUCUCGGUGGCGCUUGUUGAGUGGUGUCCUGUAGUAUAGUCUCAGGACGUUGACGAGUGUCAAUAGGUGCAGGGAGAUUCUGAAGAGCUCUAAAAUACAUGCAGGGAGAUUCUGAAGAGAAGCAUCGCGAAGCAGUGCCCCGGCCUACGACGUGCCAGCAUCUCGGUGAGGUUUUUCUCCAGUACCUUCCUCCGCCACGGUGUCGCCAAUGGAAGAGCAAGGGCCUCAAGCACAGAGAUCAGGGCCUGUUCUUUGGCAGAGUGCAAGCUUUCCGCCAAUGGGUGGGCGUGCUCCUGGGUUUUGCGCCUCACUCUGACAUAUUCAGUGGAAAAGCGCGACGCCUUACAUUAUGGGAGGGUGGUCUCGCUUCGUCUCUUGUUUCGAAAUAGGUCAAGAGCAAGACCGUUGGGGUUGGACUGCCGUCCUCGAUUCUAUCUCUGUUCCCGUUCUCUCUUCCAAAACGCAGGCGGAUAGCUUGCUACUUGUUUUAAAUUCACCGCCUUCGAACAGUGUGAAAGAGUAAGAGUGUGCGCCUUAUUCUCUAAUACCGGACUCGGAUGCAGCGCUUCGGGUCUCCCUCUCCAUGGCAAUGCACCGCAAGAGGGCGACGAACGACUGGAAUCCGCAUUCGGAUACAAAGUUGCACCAGAAAACUUGCGCACUAGCUGACACGAGUCCGGCCGUGUGUGCAGUGACUUCCGCCAUCGUGUGUCAGUUCUGUUCUGUGUUGGAGGUCGUCGGCGAUUGUGUGGGCCGUCGGUUGGGCGACUUGCACGAGGAGAACACGGCUGAGGGUAUUUUUCAGCUUGUUCAAUAUUUUGGGUUUAGCUUUAGCCUUAGGGCGACCGCUUUGCCCACAGCGAUACGCCGGGGGACAGCGUUAAGCGGGUCGCGAUUGCUGCCCAUUCUCGCGCAGCGAGAUGGCCCAAGCUUUUGCCCGCUGGUUGUAGGGCUUUCAAUCCCUCCCAGGAUUGGGGAAAGACAGCAGGGGAGAGCCCGCGGGGAAGGGCGGGAGCCGAGAGGCAGCUGCCUCUGGGCCCAUGCGUGCGCAGAGGCGGAGCGCGCGGCGGAGAGGUGGGCGCGCUUGUGCUUCAACUCGAUAGAUGCCCGGCAGGCCAUGACGCCGCGGGGCGGCGCGCACGCUUGUCGUGCCUGUAGCUGUGAGUCGAUAGGCGCCCGGCAGGCCAUGACGUCGCGAGGCGGCGCGCGGGGAGGCCGGCUGCGUGCAAACUGCAAAACGCCAGCGGAGCCCGAGAGGCGGCCGCGCGGCUGGUGAUCGAUGGCAGUGGUGACGAAGCGGAUGCCAUUCAUUGCCCAACAAUUGCGGCCUAGCUAUGGCGUUACAAUUGCGGCGGCCUGCAACGACGUGCGCACGGUUACGCGCGCGCGAUGACGCUGCAGGUGACUCCUUCCUGGACACUACGGACGCGCAGGCCCACAGAUUGGCCGGGAAACUCUCGAAGACACUCGCCGGAGGUCGACAGGACCGAGCUGAAAAGUUUCGCGAGCCGGGAGCGCUAGAAAUGUGCCUGCUUGCGUCGCGCUCUUUCUGCCCGCUGUGGCUAGACCGCAGGAGACAGCGCCGGCCAGCUGUAGACAGUAGCCUCUUCGAGUUUGGCGCUCCGCGUUAUCUGAGCGGAGAGACAUCGAGACGAAGCAUUCCGGUUCCGAAAGGGGCAACGCGGUGAAGAAUGGCAGAAAAUAAUGGCGAAAAUGGUCACCCGACGGCGAUUUCGCAAGUCUCCCUUGACGAAAAUUUCGCAAAUCGACAUCGGCGGCGACAGCGACAUGGACAGCGACAUGGACCAGCCGCAGAAGCUCGUAAACCGAGAGCGUCGCAGGGACGUGGUGCUGGGAGCACCGUAUUUUCGUGCUUUUUGUUUGGUUUUUUUCUGGUUUGGGGUCUUUGGAUCAUCUUCGAGGUUUUUGCUGGUUCUGCCCUAUGUCUCGGGCUGUUUUGUCUCUGUCGUGUGAUGGCUGGGCAAUGUCGUGCCAUUUGCUCCGCCAGCAGGGUAGGCCGCUGCCUGCGGAUGCCACCGGGGCGGCUCGGCUCUUCUUCUUUCUCGUUGUUGUGCUUGUAGUUGUAUCGCGGCGGGCUUCGUUCUUGUCUAUCGUAGGCUCCAGCGUCGUGGGCAGUCGCGCUUCCUGGUGUGUCUCUUGUCGGUUCUUUUUUCUGCUCGUUUUGUUUUCGUUUUCGUUCUUGUUGUUGUUGGGUGGUGUGCAAGCGCCAAGGGGGUGACUGUGGUUAUUGCUUAUUGUGUUUCUUGCUUAGUCGCUCUCGGUCUCGGCUUGCGUUGUCUUUUUUCGGUCGUGUCAGUCUUAGCCGGCUGCGUUUCAGCUUGCGCCUAGUCGUUGCCGCUACCUAGGAAAUCAGCCCACACCCACCUCACCAGUCGGCAUUAAUUUCAGAUCAGUUCUUGCAUCAGCUUACACCUAAUCGGCUUAGCAACAGGCUGGGAAUGGUCAUGCGAGUACUCGCCGCUUGUUGAGGCCAGUCGAGCAACAACGAAGAGCAGGGGCGAGGGGCUAUCAGUCACAAACGAGCGAGGCCGCUGCAUGGCUCGCCUGGCUUGGUUUCUCUUGUUGAGGCGCCUGCGGUGCCGGUCGAUGAUGGAGGACGCGCCCCAUGGAACUUUGAGCAUAUCCAUGGACGACUUCACGCAGGAAGCGGCUCGCACAGCAGGGCGCGUGAGGUUCGUGGUUCGCCCAGGAGCCACCUUCAACCGCCAGCCGACAAAUGCGGGCGCAUCCGGAUCCUCAGCUGGUGGCGCCGCAGUCGCGAGCGCUGAGCAACCUACAGGCGCAGCCGCAGUCUUGCUCAACACCGUCAGCGAAGAGGUGCCAAGACAGCAAGAACUGGGCCGACUAGGUGGCAACAGAGUGGAGACGUUUCUGGUUGCAGACGCCGAGCAAGGUGCUCGCGCGCCGCCAGCGUUGCGGGAGCUCUUUGAGCCAAGGCCGGACGGUGCUGCCCCCGACGAGUAUGAAGGCACGCGCGAGGUGCUCGGAAGCGCUCUCGCGACCUGGGUCCCCUACGUGUUUGCCUGCUUCUUGCCGUUAGUUCGGCAGCGGCUUUACGGAUGCCAGGACCUGCGGACGGCUCUUCGGAGAGCAAUAGGGAGACGGACCUUUGCAGGAGGGAGAGGAAGCUAUGGCAAAGGCUGACAUGAAGUCGGAAGACCGCCGUGAUUGCCUGCAAGGCUUCAGCAAGGCAAGCCCUUGCUGCUGUCGUUAGCUUAGGCGUUGACUUAUAAUCAGCGAGGCCCCCACUUCUAAAAUCGAGACGUUCGGCCUGAGCUCGAUCAAGUCUGGCGUUUACUUGAAUUGGGUCAGUGGCUGGCUUCUGUUUCGGCCCGAUUCGCAGCCUGAUACUCACCCAAGACGCUUGCGCAGAACAUUAAGGAAAGGCAAAGAGUAUACAUCAUGGAACUACUUAAGCUACUCAGAGUAGGCGCCUUUUCUACGCUUGCACUUGCUGGCCAUUGCUUCCUUUCGUUUUCUCAGCUAGCCGCAAGCUGCUGCGUUUGUUGUGUACGGGUAGAGGAUGCCUGCUCCUGGUAGGGUUUAUUUUGUUUUGCCACCUGUAAGCAUUAGAGUUGCUAGCGCUGGCGUUGAGUUGUGGAGGUGAUAGGCCUGGCAGUGGUGUCUAAUAUUUUCUAGGUCGUUCCUUCCGUGUUUGAGUUUUAUUCAUAUAAAGGCUCUCUGUCUUGUGAUGGGGACCCUUCUACUUUUUUCAUCUCUAGCGGAGUAAGAUUUUUGACUAUCUAAGUUGCGCAAGCUUAUAGGAGAUUACAUCUGUUAGGAUGUCCCUCUCCCUCCUCCGUAGUAGUAGUAGUGGCAAUCUUCUAAGGGUCGCGGAAAUUUACAUGCUGGCUGGAAUUUGGAGACCAUGCCCUACUGCCGACUGAUGGGGAUGGCUUUAGUCUUUUCCUGGAUCAACCGCCACCGGCUCCAGGUGUAAGCGGGCAAAAUUUAUGCGUGGGUCUAAGUGUAACGCUGAAGAUGAGAAGACGCGCAGCAGGCGGGUCAGUCUUUCAGAGGAGCGCACUAUAAAUAUGAGUUGCAAGGCGCGGCUUGUCUGAUCUUCUGCCUAUGUCUAAAUCUACAAAUUAGCUUUGGCCUGAUCAUGAUUCUGAUGGCUUUUAGCCAUCCGCAUGCAAUUAAUUGCACUCAGAAUACUAGGCCGCGGCGCUCUGUUCUUGUUUGGCAAGGUGUGGCUGUUUUUGCGGUUCACCUGUCGCAGCUUGUUGUAGAGUGUGCCCGUCGCUCUGACGUACUGCUGUCCAUUACAUACUACGCACUCUAUAGCUGUGGCGAGUUUUUUGUAGCACCGUAAGCACCUCCGGCCCCGGGCCCUAGUAGUCUCAGCCUUAUAGAUACUUAACGCUGAGCAUAUAUUUACUAUUGUCCUUUUUUGAACAGUUAGGCGCUACUUACUGGGGCUUUCAACAUGGGAGCACCCUCCUAGACGGUUCCCCUUUCUUCUUUCUUCUAUUCGCCAUUAUCAAUCUCCUCGCCACCUUUCUUUCGUGCUCGUUCUUGGUUGCUGAUGGAGGAGGUGGGGGCUUGUUCGAUGAUGACGAAGCACAUUAUGAGGUCGGAACUCAAGGCGGAGGGCUUGAUGGGAAGCCGGCAGGUUCUGGCGGCACGCAAGGCACGGAUAAUGUUGCUACGAGGCAAGUUCUUGGAUUAAUGACCCAGGUCCAGCAGAGCAAGCCGCGGCUUGCUGCUCGUCAUGCAUCUCGAAAAUAUCGCGAGCAGGAAUCGACGAAAACUGGCGGCGCUUACAUCGAGCAGAGAAAAGACAAGUAUCUUCCUCAUGUCCGUAACGUGUUUGAUUGGGCACACGGCGACGCGCGCAGAAUGAUAAAGCUAUGUCAUUUCUUUAGCUUUUUUGCUCGUAGUCGUAGUGAUGCACUUUUUUGGCAUCGUUUGGCCCCUCGGCCUCGGCUUCAUCAAUUAACUUCAAGCAGCACCACUGUGAAAUCGAGCGUGCGACCAUUUCGGGAGGUUUGUUGUUGUCGCUCAGAAUUAAGAUAGCCCGGAGCCACUUCGGGCUUGAUGAAGUAGCGGAGCCUCCUGCUUCUUUAGUCAUCUUUAACACCUUGCCACGAGUCGCGUGCUGCCGUUCGAGUGCAGAACUUUGGAUGCUGGAAAAGCGAAAUGUGCUCCAUUGCCUAGACAUAGACAUAGAAGCGAUUGAUGUACUUACUCCCUCCUGGUCCAGGCUGUGGCUCUCGUUCUUUUUUACGCAGGGGCUGGACAAGUGCGGCCGCUCUAGUGUUGGCACUGCUCUACGUCUAACAAUUAUUGGCCCUCGCUCAGAGCGCCCACUUUCUCAUCCUAUUGCGGCAGCGGCUAGACCUUUUUCAUCUAUUUCCUUAUAGUUAUGUCAUCAUCUUGCCUCUAACCGUUCUUGUUCGUCUUCUCGUUUACCUGAUCAGGGAUAGCGCCCUGGCUAUGUUGUACUAAAGGACGAAGCUUAGUUAUUUGAGUUUGGCUUCGGUCUGCGUUAGUGUCUGGAUUCUUUGAUGGUAGUCGUUGUUCUCUUGCUGAAAUAAGAGCGACGAAGUGCAGUAGUUGCAGUAGAAUCCUCGACCUACGUAGUCAUAUGAAGCCUUUCGUCUCUGACUAAUGACUUGACUCCGUGGAGCCGUAGGGCAGUAAUACAGUUAGAAGGUCUUAAGCUUUGCGUGGAUUGGAUUACUUGCUUAGCCUUUUGGGUGGUGCACGGUUGCAGGCUACUUGGGCACGUCUAGACUUUUUGUCGUUGGUUUUUAGGGCCAUAGACUGGCUGAGAAGCAAGCGCAGCCUCUUGGUCCUUGUGUGUAUGUUGAAGAGAAACCAUCCUACUCACGACUGACUCUCAUUGGCAGACGCCUCUAAUUUUCCUUGAAGCGAUACGAUGGCGACAAGGACUUGGCGAAGAUGGCGCUCCUGAAAUAAUUGAAGCGCGUUGCUGUGGAGAUUGACCGCCCCGACGCUGAAGCCAUUAGUCUGGCGGGCAAGAUUGGAGGCGUUUCCAGUUGGUUGGUGCAUCUAGGGCGAGAGCGCUGACGCAUCUGAUAAGUUAUGAGUGGCCCGCUUUGUCGUUGAGGGUGCGACCUACGGCAGCGUGAAGAUGCUAGAACUCUAAACAGUAAGCGUAGCGGCUAUGUAUUUCCAGUGAGUCCGUCCGUGGCUUGGUGUUCUCGCUCUGCGUCUACAUUUACUUUCACUGUGCUCGUGACAGACAUUCGCUGAUCUUUCUAACAUGAAGCAACCGGAUGGCUGGGCGUGGUGCGCGUUGGUUUGCGGAAGUUUGGAGGCGAAGCGACUUGCGUGAACCAGCGGAAGCCGGACAGGGGCAGGGGGUGGGCUCGCUCGAAUGUUAACAAAGACGAAUCUGCGUUGGACAGCUGUGCCACUACAGCAAAGGGGUUGAGAGUCAGUCCUUAUCACGAGAACAGUUUGAACUUUAUCACAAGAAAAGUUUGAACUUUAUCACAAGAGCAAUGCGAUCACAAGAAGGCACUUUAUCGCAUGAAACUGAGUCAAUUCACCCCAGGAACAGUAUGGACAUCAUUGGCGAGUGCUGUUGUUACUGAUCAUCGUGUGCCUCUUACUCUUUCGAUGAAGUGGAUUCGAGUAGAGAGGCUAAAUGGCCUCAAAAGUGACGCCUUAACUAAGAGGUGGCGCGACAUGACAAGGGGCAUGGCUAUGCGUGUAGCGAUCUGCUCUGGUAGCCUCUUGCGUGAGAUCGGCGGCUGAAGUUCCUCGCUUCGCAAGCACAUCACUGCAAAAAUGUUGAGUAUCUGGAUAGCUAUCUGCGCAGGAACUUUUAGAGCUUUAGAAUGCCUUGCAGCGUCUUCUGCUGCGCCUUAUCGGCGUGCGCUCGGGUUAGAUUCUAUGGCUGGAAGAACACAGAAGCGAAGCGGGCAAGUAUUAGGUCGCGCCAUACUCGCUCUAAUGUAUUUGGGCUGCUUCUCUGUUCAUGCUGCGACGCUCCUCCUCCGCCUCGCUUUAUCUUGGCUGGUGUCUUGGGCGUCGUUACUUGCUUACGCUCACCUGCAAGGCGGCGCGGCUUUCUGCUUCGCGGGUGGUCGACCUCUGGCAUUUCGUUUCAGCCAAGACGGAGGGUCGCUGUGGCCAUUCUUUCUAUGACGCCUAGGGGCUCUGCUGUGGGUCUCUUUUGCUUGAGCGGCCUUGUGCUUAUGUCUAGAGCAAACUCCUGCUCGAGGCUGAGGCGGUCCCGAUCUCUCCAAGCUGUCGCCGACUGAGGGUUUUGCCUCUCGCUCUCUGAGUUUUUUAUCGCUGGACUUUCUCUCGUAAGUCCUAGCAGGUACUCACUUAGCCGGGUAUGCUGCCGCGCCAUGUGGUGCUGGUCUCUCGUCCGCUGGUAGAAGGCAUGCGUCGAAGGAUCUUCGAUCGUGUUCGACAUUCAUCUUCAUGAGAGCGGAAGUUUCUCCCUUGAAAACAUGGGAAAAAGAGGUGUCGCGUGUAGUCCUGUCCAAAUUUGGACAGUAUAAGAAGCUCGGUUCUCUUUUUCUGUAGUUCUCCCUUGAAAACAUGGGAAAAAGGGGCGUCGCGUGUACUAGUCCUGUCCAAAAUUGGACAGCAUAAGAAGCUCGGUUCUCUUUUUCUGUAAAAGUUGAAACUUUUGGAAGCUCGCAAUCUUGUCGAAUCCGCAUGAGAUUCCGCGUUUUGCCUUGGUAGUGUUGAUAGUGAAAAUCUCCCUUUUUUGAUCAAGAGAAAUCGCAGGUUUUCAGUGCUAGAGUCGUAGUCUCAAGGUAGCUAAUUGUAAAUUUUCCACCUCAAUCCCCAUGGGUGUGCCCCGGUUUUCAAGGGGACAGCGACAGGUGACAGCGACACUAACGAGGAACCUACACAUUACCGAUUGUGGACCCGGAAGACUGACAAUUUUCUAGGAGUGAUGCGUGGACGAGCAUAUGCUCUCAUUUUGAUGAUGUUUCUUGUUUUGCCUCCGGCAAGACCUAGUAUGCUAGUUUUUUCUUUUGUCAUGAUAGUCCUGUAAUGCUAAAAAUACUGAUCAUCUUGCUUUGUUAUGAUAGAUUGUCUCCUUCUCGGAAAUUGAUGUCCCAUAAGAAACUGGCAUGAAGAUUAUAGGUUUCUGCUGCGUCUCUCUUGUCUUGUGGAGAACGUCAAAGGUACAAACAAGACCAAAGAGACAGUCACAAGUCAGCCUCAACUCUGUUGUAUUCAUGGACAUGAUGCGUCUGCCCAACUUCUAACUCGGCAUUGUACUAGUUUGUGAACCGACUUGUAUUGUAGGUGCAUUUGAUAUCUGUCAGUGAGAAUUGCCGCAACGGCGCAACUUGUUUGCGAUUUUUCCGUGUGGAGCGGAUGACGAGGCUGGGAGCUGAGACAAG